CUGCCUCCAAAAGAACCGUAAAAAGAAGAACUCAAGGAAAAAAGGAAAUUGGAAUCCAAGGUCUCAGACCAAUUCGAGGGGUUUGAAGAAUUCUAAUCCGUCCCUAGAACGUUCCUGAAACUAGCCAUAUCAUUACCAUUGAGCGCCGCGCCCAGAAUCGUGGUACAGGACUCACGGUUUUUGUUGAAUUUUCUUGUGUAUCAAUUUCAAUAAUUCUUGCAAAAUUGGCGUAAUUUGAUUGCAUAGGUGUGUUCAUAACGAUGUUACGAAGCUUUUUGUAUAGAUUAAUUAAAGUUUGGGUGCAGGUACAUAAAUCCACCAUUAUUGGGGUUCUUAGGUUUUGAAUUGGGGGACACUGAUACAGACAAAAUUAGGGACAGUGAGGAGUACCAUUGAAUUCAAAAGAGAAUUUCUAUUCGAUUUAUGUAUUUGGAUAUAAUUUAUGUUGCAUAUUUGUCAAUAUUGUUUGUUGCAGGGGUAUAGCCACGCAUGAAACCGUGGGUAAAGGUCUGCAAAUUCUGUUUCCGGAAUUCCAAGGUAGGGGACGAAGUGGCUGGGCGCGGAUUUGGCUACGAUUUAAGUUUUUUUUCUCGUUUAUCUUUGUACAUAUAGCUAUAGGCGCGUAAAUAUAACAAAAGCCAUACGCAGCUCAAGUGGUAACGGCCAGGUACUGGUGAAGGGGGGGACGUGGGAUCGAUUCCUGCCCACGACAUAUUUAUUUUUACUUAUCAUUCGCAGGUGGAUCCAAGGCGCCCCAUGUCCAGGUGUCUACCAUGCUCCCUCACAUCAAGACCCUCGGAUCUCCCUCAAUUCCCAUCCAACGCAUCAAAACAGGAGGCGCACAAUGAACCCUCAAGAACGUGAUCCACCGGAUAAUAGCCAGGUUGGUUGAAAGGAGGAUGCAUUGAGAACAAGUUUUCUUUCAAGCUUGUUUGACAUUUGUUUGUACCCGCGAUGGAUCAAGUUAUGCAAGGUAAUGAAAUGGGGGAUGAUUCAUCGAUGAAUUUAGACAACUCGAGGGCUAAUUGGACUCCAUCUCAAGACCGAUAUUUUCUUGAGCUUUUGCUGUCCCAUGUUCACAGAGGCAACAAAACAGGCAAAGUGUUUACCAGAUUAGCGUGGGUAGACAUGACUGAACAAUUUAAUAACAAAUUUGGGUUUAAGUAUGAUAUAGAUGUGUUGAAGAACCGUUACAAGCGAUUCAAAAAACAAUACUAUGAAAUAAAAGCAAUAGUUAGUCAAAACGGAUUCCAAUGGGACGGGACACUAAACAUGAUCACUGCUAAUGAUAAAACAUGGGAAGAGUAUAUUAAGGCCCACCCUGAUGCUCAUGUUUUUAGAAAAAAAGUUGCUCCGUGUUAUAAUGAUCUAUGCAUAAUCUAUGGUCACGCAGUUGCUGAUGGGAGAUACAGCCUUUCAUGUUUUGACGAAGGUUUUGAAUACGAAGAAAAUGCUUCGAAAGAACGAGAUGACCAUACUAGCACCGGUAAAGGAGUGGAUGAUCAGACUCCCCUUACUCAUAGUCAAAGUAAAAUAGACUGGUCUCCGAUGAUGGACCGAGUUUUUGUUGAACUUAUGCUGGACCAGGUGCGUAAAGGGAACAAGGUUGGCCGUACAUUCACGAGGCAAACAUGGGGAGACAUGGCUGAGUCAUUUAAUGAUAGGUUUGGAUGUCACUAUGGUAAGGUUGUGUUGAAAAACCGUUUCAAUGUCCUAAGGAGGCAUUAUUCAUCUAUAAAUGUCCUCCUUGGCAAAGAAGGUUUCAGUUGGGACAAGACACAACACAAGGUUGUGGCUGAUGACCAAGUUUGGCAAAAAUGCAUCAGGGUAAAUCACAAGUACCGGCUUUACAGAAUUAAAAGCAUGCCUUUUUAUUCCGGCAUGUGCAUCGUAUGUCGCGAUGAAGCUCCUGCAGAUUGCAAGUCAAAUCUUGAAAAGAAACCUUAUAACGGCAAGAACUCUGUCCCAGACUCUAAUGCAUCAAUGCAUAUAGGCGGUGAAAAUGAUUUUCCCGGAGAUACUCAACCUCUCGCUUACGCAGCAUUUCACACAGGUGAUCAAAGUAAUUAUACCAAAGAUACGCAACCUCUCCCUGAUGCAACAUUCCAUAUAGGUGGCGAAAAUAAUUUGACCGGGGAUACUAUUUCCGUGCCUCUCCCUUAUGCAACAUUGCAUAUAGACAGUGAAAAUAAUUUGAUCAGAGAUACUCAGCCAUCCUCUAACCCAACUUUGAAUCUAGGAAGUGGAAAUAAUUUUACCAGAGAUACCAUUAUUCAGCCUUUCCAUAAUGCAGCAUUGCAUGUAGGUGGUGAAAAUAGUUUUAGCAGAGAUAACAUUAUGCAGCCUCUCCCUAAUGAAGGAUUGCAUAUCGGUGGUGAAAAUAAUUUUAUUCGAGAUACUAUUAGUCAGCCUCUCCAUAAUGCAACAUUGCAAAUAGGGUGUGAAAGUAACUUUACCGGAGGAGCUCAGCCUCUGACGAACGCAGAUAAUGAAGGUGGUGAAAGGAACUCUAUCAGAAAAACUCAGCUUCUGACGAAUGCAGAUAAUGAAGGCGGUGAAAGGAACUCUACCAGAAAAACUCAGCCUCGGCCGAAUGCUGAUAAUGAAGGCGGUGAAAGGAACUCUACCAGGAAUACUCAGCCUCGGUCGAAUGCAGAUAAUGAAGGCGGUGAAAGGAACUCUACCAGAAAAACUCAGCCUCCAACAAAUGCAGAUAAUGAAGAUGGUGAAAGGAACUCUACCAGAGAAACUCAGCCUCCGAAAAAUACAGAUAAAGAACCAUUGCUUGCGAGUGUUGGAAAAAACAUUACUAGUCAGAAAAAAAGACAUCAAACUAAAACCUCCCCGGCCUUGAAUCUGCCGAAGAAAGCAAGAAACAACUAUAACGAGGGAGUGUCAGUUGCCUUGAAACAUAUGGCAGUUGCAGUUACAUCACUUUCCAAUAAAACUAAGAAAGAAGAUAAUUUUUCUGUAGGCAAUGUUAUGACGGUGCUUCAGGCUAUACCGGACUUAGAUGACGAUCUGAUAUUAGACGCAUGUGAUUUUUUGGAAGACGAAAAAAGAGCAAGAAUGUUUCUGGCGUUGGAUUCGAAUUUGAGAAAGAAAUGGUUACUAAGAAAGCUUCGUUCAUAAUGAUUGCUCAAGUUUGUUUGUCAAAUUCUGUUUAACUUCUUCUGUUCUACGAGACUUGUUUUUUGUUUAUCUUUUUGUCUGUGUUGAUUAGAGUGGAGAGACCAGAUAUUACAACUCAUAAAGGGGUACCGUUCAAUUUGUUUUGAUUACUUUCAUCUUUUUCUUUUUA